CGAGAUUCGGUGCCCACUUGAUUGUGUGCACUCGAUGUCGGAGCUAAUACUAGCGAAAGAGAUGGAGAAGUCGUUGAGAAACCUUCGGUCAAGGCGAGCACUCUCGUCCACAUUCGGUGUGAUCUUCUCGAGAUCUGCCGAUUACCUGCGCUGUCCUCUCCCAGCCCUCCUCGCCUGCUCAAGUCCCCCAGAAGCGGCUGCCGCAUUGCAAGCAGCCCACCAUCUCACCGGCAUUGGCGCAAAGCCGCAUGCAGCCUCUUAUUAUGGCGCCCCUGAUCUCCGUCCUCCCAUCAGCAUGACGUCAGCAGCAGGACAUCUGGGCUUCCUGAGGACCAGCCUGUCACCAUUUGCUCUUCCCGCGCCCGUCCCUCUGACUUGCAGCCGUCACCGUGUGAUUGAGGCGCCAUCCAGGCCUCUGCGCAUCGCUGACGACAGCGACGGCAGCCGCCGCUUCAUCGACGAGCCGACGAGUGACACCGCAAAGGAGAUUGGCGACGAUGCCUUGUCGCGACCUGUGGUGGGGUAUGGGUGCAUCGGUCACGAGUCGAAGCUGUAUCGGCGGCGGCGGGCGCAGUUCCACAAGAUCCGUGGGAAGAUUGGCCUGCGUAAGGUGGACUGUGGGUUCUUCUGGCCGAGGUACAAGGCAUUCAGGAGGAAGGUCAAGAUGGGCAGGAAGUUCAUUUGACUUACUUCGCGAUGUUGGGACGGAUAUGGCGGGAGGGAGGAAGGUCUCUGUGAGUGAGCGGGGAUGGGAGCAGUGAGGGACUGAGUGAAUGGAUGUCGCCUCGCUGGCCUGCAUGUAUGUGAUGUGUGGACUCGCUCAUCGGUGAAUGAACCAUCCUAAUGUCAAUGCAUCGAUGUGUG